AUGCAGUGGCACGCUCCGCGCAGGGCCGCAAAGCAGAACCUCGAGGCGAAGGUCAAGGCCUUCAUCCGGAUGAGGUACAAACACGGCUGGGCACGUGUGGUUGACCGAUAUGGCGACGAGCGUGUUCACAAGAUAACCACGGGGCGAAUCGAGCCGUACAUCGAGAUUGACGAGAAAGUCCCAGUAGAGCUCAGGAACGCUGCGAUGUUGGUGGCUGCCACGGACGCUGGAGAGGCAGGCCCAGAUGUGCCCAACGUGCGCCGGAAGAUCUCUGGCCGGCCUCGCUGGAGCAUCGCAACUUGGGUGGACUCAGAGAAGCGCUUCGUGACCCUUGCCGCUCGCGAGAGGCAGAAGGCCCUGGAAGCUGCCAGAGUCAAGGCACUUCAGGCGGCAGCAGAAGAGGACGAAGGUGGCGUCCAGGCCCGAUUGCCGGAGCCGCGCGAAGCCGUCGAUCUCCAGCGCGACAUGAAGGCGACGCGCUCACCAGAAGCUGCUGGAGGUCGUUGA